AUAAGACUCGCAUUCUGACAUGCAAUGCAAAACGAUAUCCCCUCUCAGUUUAAUUAAUUUUUCAUGUUAAAUAAAAUUAACUUAGUGUGCUCAUACAUUCUAAAAAUCGUAGGCAUAAGAAUAAUUAAACCAUAUUAAAUAAUGAACAAUCAAUAAAGGUCUAUACAAAACAGUCAUACUAUCAUGAUGCCAGGAGAAGAUUACUGUGAAGACGACUAUUACUGCCUAAACCCAUAUGACAGCUUUAUGAAGAAACACUUGCAGCAUUAUGGGUAUUAUACAGGCAGAAAUCAAAAUUAUAAGAACCAAUUCCAACAAUAUUCUGAGUGGGAUAAAACUUUUGGCUACAACUUAAGCACCAGCAGUUGCGAUUGUUCUGACUCAGAAAGUGAUGAAGAAAAAAAUGCUGAAUUGUCAGAUUUUUCUUCAGAAUCUGUCACAACCCAAGAAAAUAUUCUGCCACAAGGCAAACUUUGCUCUACUAUUGAACAAAAACAAAAGGACAACAAGCUACAAGAAGACUCACAUAGAACUACCCAGCUUAUAUACAGCUGUGGCGAGUCUGGAAAAAUGGUUCCACGGCUUAGGGAACCAAGAAGCCUGUAUGCACUUAACAAAGAACUGGGUCCACAACAAGCUGCAAGAUGGCCCUCGGAUUUGCAAGUAAUAAAUGAAAGAGUGCAUCACAUACAGACAGUUCCAACAGAGCCUGAACCAUUUUAUAAACAAACUGGCCUUGAAAAAUGUCCAAUGGCUAGAGGUGAAACAAAUGGUGGGAGAGUUGUCUUCAGCUAUGAAACAAACUCCAGCUUUUUUAUGAAAUCUCGAGCUGGGGGCUCAAAAAAUGGAUGUGAUCCGUGUGCUGUGCCUUUGCAGUUUGAGAAUGAUACAACUCUAAUAUUUGAAUCAAGGUUUGAAAGUGGAAAUUUGGGGAAAGCUAUUCAAGUGGGUGAAAGAGAGUAUGAGCUCCAUCUGCGUUAUGAUUUGUAUACCAACAAACACACACAGUGGUUUUACUUCCGGGUCUCAAAUACUCAAGCAGAUGUGGAAUACAGGUUCACUAUUGUCAACUUUAUGAAACCUGAUAGUCUGUACAAUGAUGGAAUGAAGCCAGUGAUGUAUAGUGAGAAAGAGGCAGCUCUCAACAAAGUGGGAUGGAUCAGAGCAGGAAAUGACAUCAAGUACUAUAAAAAUAACCUAAGAUAUGAAACCAGUAAAGGUGACCGCUACUUCUACUCAAUGACAUGGACAAUCAAAUUUAAGCAUAAUCAUGACACAGUCUACUUUUCUCAUUGUUAUCCUUAUACUUACACAGACUUACAGAACUACCUUCUGGAACUUACGAAUGACCCAAUCAAAUCUCGCAUUUGUAAACAAAGAGUUUUGUGUAGAACAUUAGCUGGAAACCUUGUGUAUGUCCUGUCCAUCACUUCAGCUUCCCAAAAUCCUGAGGACUUGAAGCACAAGAAAGCAGUGGUAGUGACAUCUAGAGUGCAUCCAGGAGAAAGUAACUCUAGCUGGAUGAUGAAAGGAUUUCUAGACUUUGUCACUAGCAACUCUCCAGAUGCUAAGCUUUUGAGAGACACUUUCAUCUUUAAAGUAGUGCCCAUGCUGAACCCAGAUGGAGUUGUGGUUGGCAACUACAGAUGUUCAUUGACAGGGAGGGAUUUAAACAGAAAUUAUAAAACAGCUCUCAAAGAUGCUUAUCCAUCAGUGUGGCAUACAAAAAUGAUGAUACGCAAACUUCUGCUUGAAAGAGAAGUUAUUGUGUAUUGUGACCUGCAUGGACAUAGUAGACGGCAAAAUGUUUUCAUUUAUGGAUGCGAACAAAAUCAGAACCCUAACAAAAAGUUUCAUGAGAGGAUUUUUCCAUCAAUGUUAAGCAGGAACACUCCUGAAAAGUUUUGCUACAAGUCUUGCAAAUUUAAAGUUCAGAAAAGCAAAGAAGGUACAGGAAGAGUUGUCAUGUGGAAUAUGGGCAUUAUGAAUAGCUACACUAUGGAGGCAACCUUCUGUGGCUCCAGUCUUGGGAAAAAGAAAGGGUUCCACUUCAACCAGCAUGACUUUGAGAUGAUGGGCUUCCAUUUCUGUGAUACAUUGUUGGAUUACUGUGACCCAGACAGCACAAAGUUUUACAAAACUUGGCUUGAUGUGACUGAAAUACAUAAGUUGACAGUCAUGGCUAAAAUUGCUGAAAAGGGGCUUAAUCCUGAGGAUGUUGAAAACUUAAGUGACAUUUCCACGGACACAGAAUCAAGUGAUGGUGGAUCUGACAGUUCAAUUUCUGAUGGCCCACCACUACACCUGCCAUUCAGUUCCAGCAGGCCUAAAAAGAAAAAACUGAAAUCUAAGAAAGACAGGGAUAAAGUUCACAAAGAUGAAACUAAGAAGACAUCUCCAGUCGUGAGUGAAAAGGAGGAUAAAAGAAUGAGAAACAAUCAAGUUAAACCAUUGCAACAAGAUUCUUCCAAGCCUAUAAAAGCAAAUGGUCCAAAACGUACAAGAUCAUUAGAUGAACGAACCAAUUCUGGCAUUCCAGUUUUUGUUCAAGAAAGAUUUGAGGAAAAGAAACAGAAGAGGAAUGAGUAUCUUGAAGCAUUGACUGCUGCAUACAUCAGCAAUAACAUACCUAUUUCUACUGACCCAGCUUUUGUAAAAUUGGAUUGCAAUCAAACCAAAGGUGAAACCGAGAUUAGUAUUAUCUCUAGUGGAGAUAGCCAAACUUUGGAAAAGAAUGACUCUUUUGUACAUUUUCGCUACUCUGGCACCACUUCAGACCGUCCCAAUCAGCAACCUCUCAAUGGGUUGCCUGCUCUCCGUGAGCAGCCCCUCCCAUCAGUUACCCACCCUGAUGGGGAAGCAUAUGCAGAUUCCACACACAUUAAGUCAGUGUUUCAUGAUCUUGAACUGAGAAGAUUGACACCAAAAUGGCUGCAUGAUGCAGCUACCAAAUUGUACCGUGGUGGUAGUUCAAAAAGAGGUGAUUCACCAAUUAAGAUAUCCCGUCUCUUUGGGAGAAGGGAGUUGAAAACACCUGAUGCUACCAGCAUGGAGGAAAUGUUAAGAUCACAACUGAUCCAGCAAGCUUCUGUAAACCCAAUCAAUAGAAAGCACAAGCCGCAUCUCUUAGAAGUAUCUGCUGCUCAACAGAGACAGACUGAUGCCCUGUCACGUGAUAAAAACAGUCCAAUGAAAACCGGUUCAAAUAUAAAUGAUGAAGUAGAAGAAUCCAACAAAUCGAGCUUGACAGACUCCUCAGAAAUUGUAACCAAACCUCCUGUGUCAAGCUACACUGUGAGUACAGUGAGGGUGACACAGACAUCAACUCCUACCAGUUCAGAAAAACUUGAAGAACCAAUAGCAAAGAAAUUUGCACACAGACGUAGAGAGAAAAGUGGCAGAAAAAGUAGAAAAGAAAUGAGAGAAGAAGAUGAAGAAAAUGAUCGUAGAGCCCAGAGUACCAGUGAUCUGUCAAAUCCUAAAGUUUCCCAAGGGCAACCCAUACGCUCAAGAUCUGCCAACACUAACCAUUAUAAGUCCACCCAGCUCAGCACCAUUGAGGAGAUUCAGAAAUCAUUGCAGUCACCAAGAAAUGAGCCAAGUGCAGUAAAUACAGCUGGUGAUAUUAUUAAAAAACUCAUAAAAGAAACUAAUGAGGAGAUUCAUGACCUGACUAAUGAAAUUCAGGAAGAUAUUGAGGAUUGUUUCAUUCUGAAAAAGAAUCAUCAAAAAUCUAGAUCCUUUGCCAAUCAAAAACAGCCAAAAGAAACUGAAUUGUCUAGGGCAAAGCCAUUCAAAGAUAGCACAGGGACUGUUGCUGUACCAUUUCAUGCCACGCCCAUCUCCAAAAUAAAAAGUACAAGUCCUAAUUCAACAGUACCAGAACAGAGAAAAAACAGCAGAGAACUUGCAGAUGAUAAAACUGAGCUCCCAACUAUGUUGUCUCAACCAUCAGUUUUCAAUUUCUCCAACCAGAUCAAGCCAGUUGAAUCUAUGACUUACUCUUCAUCAUCCCUGUCGACACUAGACCCAAUAAAAUACAUAACAGAGUUGAGAUCAGACACUGUAAACAACAAAUCAAAAGAGAACUCUUCUAAGUCAAGAAAUUUACAACGCCAUGCAAGCUUCAAUUCAGCUGCAACAGGUGUGAAUAAAAUCAACCCUGGUAGAAACAACUCCAACCUCUCCAACUACACAGCCAGCAGCAGUUCUCUACACAUGUCUGCAACACACAAAUCUGUCUCGCCGAGCUCUGAUGAUGCCAGCCCUGCUGUAUGGUACAGGCAGUUAAGUUCUAUCAAUGCCAACCAAUACAGCAGUUACGGUCAUAAUCCUAAAGGGGUGAAGCUCAACAGGCAAAAUUUGGUGUUUAAAAAUAGUGAAAAUGCUGAAUUAGCAGAUCUUCAUGUGAGUGAUAUAAAGGAAGCAAGAAGCACUGCAGAUCUAGGGGAAACUGGAGAGCAAACUCGUGCCAGAUCUGCUAGAUCUAGCAGUCGUCAAGUAAUUGAAACUGUGCCAACCAAAAUCUCUUUGAUGAUAUGCCAAGAUCACCAGGAAAGCUCUGCCCAGUUUCUUUCUCAUUCCAGGCAGGGACAAAGAUCAUCUGUAUUCAGCAGACAGCAAACUCGAAAAAAAUAAUUUGAAAUUGGUGAUGCUGUAUUUUUAAAAAUAUUAUUUCAGUUCUUGGGGCUUUAGCUGUGUUAAUUACUGGGUUAAGAGUUGACUAAAUAACUAAAGUAAAUCUACUAAGUGAAACCAAUUAAGAAUAAAAAUAUAAUUAUUUUCACCAAAACUUGUUUAUUGCCUACAUUUUUAAUAUUUAUAAUAAAAUCAACUUUUAAAAUUACGAGAAUUUUUGCUGUGAUAAUCUUUUAAAUUUUAUAUUCUGUACAUUUAUAUUCCUUUAUAAUAUGAAUGUGCUUGUUGCAAAAUCAGUUUUUUUAAAUAUAUAUACAAUAUUCUCCACCUAAAAUAUAUAUUAUUAAAGAAGCUAUUUUUCAAACAUUAUAAUUUGUUUUUAAAAACGAUUGCAUGUUUAAUAUUCAAGGAGUCAUUUGUGAUAUGUAUCACAGGUACAAAGUAUGGACAUGAUUUGUUUUCCUGUUGUUUUGUGGAUAAAACCAAAAUAAAAAUGUUUCAAUUGCUACAA